AUGUCUCUUCACGUAUUCAUCAACAAAAAGGUCCUGAUCCUCACCGUUGACGGCCGCACGCUUGUCGGCGACCUUCUUUCAACCGACCAAAUGACCAACCUUGUCCUAACCAACACCGUGGAACGUAUCAUUCGCUCCCCAGACGAAGACGAACUCUCCUCCGAGAUCGAACAUGGACUGUACCUGAUCCGUGGCGAUAACGUGGUGGUUUGUGGUGAAAUCGACGAAAAGAUCGACGGGGACAUUGAUUGGACCAAGGUGAAGGGUGAAGUGAUCCGCGACACAAAGAACGCAUGA